ACGUGGGGCAGUUUGAAGGUGGAGCGAGUGUGGUUGCACCAACACCGGUACUUAGCCUCGGACCCGCGUGUCCUUGGGCUAGAGAGCUGCAGGUCUGUCCUCUGAGUUGGAGCCUUCUCCGUGGUAACAACUACAGAGUAGUGAGCAUCGGACGCGGAAGCCGCAGCAGAUUUAAAAAUGGGUGAUGUUGAGAAAGGCAAGAAGAUUUUCGUACAGAAGUGUGCCCAAUGCCACUCUGUGGAGAAGGGAGGCAAGCACAAAACUGGCCCAAAUCUCCAUGGUCUAUUUGGGCGGAAGACAGGUCAAGCUGUUGGAUUCUCUUAUACAGAUGCCAAUAAGAACAAAGGCAUCACCUGGGGAGAGGAUACAUUGAUGGAGUACUUGGAGAAUCCCAAGAAGUACAUCCCUGGAACAAAAAUGAUCUUUGCUGGCAUUAAGAAGAAGGGAGAAAGGGCAGACUUAAUAGCUUAUCUCAAAAAAGCUACUAAUGAGUAAUAGUCACUGCUUUAUUUAUUACAGAACAGAAAUGUCUCAUGGCUUUUUUAUGUGUACCAUAAUUUAAUAGAUCUCAUACACCAGAAUUCAGAUCAUGAGUGGCUGACAGAAUAUUUUUGUUGGACAGUCCUGAUUUAAGUAAAAUUGGCUUACAGUUGGAUAGUAAUUCCAGUUCAGUAAAUACUAUCAUUUUCCCUUUCUAAAUAUAUGGUUGGAUUUAUUUAGUAAUGUUCCCGACUUCUCACAAAUAUGGAGAAUGUUAUCUCAAAACCUACUGGAGGUUUGGUUUUAUAUUUAGAUUUAUAUAACUGGUCAUGUGAAUGUGUUUAAAUAU